AUGCUCACUCACCUCUGCUACGUGGCCCAGUUCCUAACAGGCCAUGGAUUGAAUGCCGCAUCAACGCCAAGUUUACAUGACUUCUCCAAGUUUCCUUUGCUCCACCCCAUCGCGUUUUCCCCAAACACCCAGCACAAGUUCACCUCUGGCAGAGCUGCCUUCCAGCUCCUGCAGGUCGGACUUGGCUCACCUGCACCCGGGACUCCGCACACCUCCGCGGGACCGGCUCACCUGCACCCGGCGCUCGGCACCGCCUCCAGCAUGCAGCGCCUCACCGCUGCCACCAGGGCCGCCCUGAUCCUUGGCCUGGCCUUAGCCUCCUUCCCCUGGGCUUGCUCGGCAGAAGCGAGUGGCAGCAACAGCUCAGCUUCGACUGCCCACCGCCCAGACCCGGGGACUCUGGAACAGUGCCUCAACGUGGACUUCUGCCCACAGGCAGCCCAGUGCUGCCACGCAGGGGUGGACGAGUACGGCUGGAUCGCGGCGGCGGUUGGCUGGAGCCUCUGGUUCCUCACUCUCAUCCUGCUCUGUGUGGACAAACUGAUGAAGCUGACUCCGGAUGAGCCCAAGGACUUGGAAGCGUGAAACGCAGGCUCGGUGCACAAAACGGUGAUCGCCACCAAUCUUGGGCUAAUGGGGGAGGGGAGUAGGGCUAACAUCGUUUCUACUAUUUAAAAGUCAUUUUCACCUUUAAGCUUCAGUUACUUUUACAAGGGAAAGAAGAAAGAGUAGGAGAACCACGUAGGGCAAGCCGAUGCUGCCCUCGCACCUUGCUCCCAAGGGCCUCUGGGGCUUCUGUGCCCAGAUGGCUCCUUCUUAAGAUCGUCCCUCUGGAAAUUACUGUGUUUUAGCCUUUCUUCUAGGCACCAAGGGAGGUGCACAAGAAACAUAAGACUUAGUCUCAUCGUCAACAUGUUCAGAAACACACACAUAACCUUCUCACCAAAACCAGGUCAUCGGCUUCUGUCCCUGGCUUGAGUCCAGGGCUUAACUGUCAUUUCAGAACGUGAGAACUGGUCAGAUACGGUGGCUCACGCCUAUAAUCCCAGCACUUUGGGAGGCCGAGGCAGGUGGAUCACUCAAGGUCAGGAGUUUGAGACCAAUUUGGCCAACAUGGUGAAAUCCCAUCUCUACUAAUAAUACAAAAAUUAGUCAGGCAUGGUGGUGCAUGCCGGGAAUCCUAGCUACUUGGGAGGCUGAGGUGGGAGAAUCGCUUGACCUGGGAGGCGGAAGUUGCAGUGAGCCGAGAUCACGCCAUUGCACUCUAGCCUGGUGACAGAGAGAGACUCUGUAUCAAAAAAUAAAUAAAUAAGGCCGGACACAGUGGCUCACGCCUAUAAUCCCAGCACUUUGGGAGGCCAAGGCGGAUGGAUCACGAGGUCGAGAUCGAGACCAUCCUGGUCAACAAGGUGAAACCCCAUCUCUACUAAAAAUACAAAAAAAUUAGCUGGGCAUGGUGGUGCGUGACUGUAAUCCCAGCUACUCAGGAGGGUGAGGCAGGAGAAUUGCUUGAACCCAGGAGGCGGAGGUUGUGGUGAGCCAAGAUCGUGCCAUUGCGCUCCAGCCUGGUGACAGAGCAAGACUCUAUCUAAAAAAAUGUGAGGAUCGGUCAGGCAUGGUGGCUUAUUCCUGUAAUCCCAGCACUUUGGGAGACUGAGACAGGAAGAUCACUUUGGCCCAGGAAUUUGCAACCAGACUGGGCAAGAUGGUGAGACUUUGUCUCUAUUAAAAAAUUUUAAAAGUUAAAAAUAAAAAUGUGAGAAUCCCCUUGACACUCCCACCAUCUUCACCCCCACCUCAGGUCCUUCUCCAGCUUUCCUUCUGGCUUCCUCCUGCCUUCCAUGGCUCUCCUACCCACGCAUCCUCCCCGCCAGCGCCCUAGUUCUGGCCUUCACCGCCUUUCCCUAGACCACAUCAGGGGUAUUGCAUUCUGUCCUCAUGGCCUUGAGGUUCUUCCUCCCCAGCUCACCAUUCCCCAUAGGCAGCUACCAGGAUAGGCACUGUCACCGUCUGCUGACAACAGUCAGUAGCUCCUAAGGACUAAAACUCCUCGGCCCAGCAUUCAGGUCUUUGUAGGACUCCAGCUGUCUCCCAGCACAUCUGGGAAUAAGGACUCUGAUUGGCCCACUCCUCAUUCUGGUGUCUUCAGCUUCUCUGCUGUCACUUCCUUGCUAGGAUGGCUGCCUCCCAAUGCCACCUCGAGAAUCAAGGACAUUCCUCCAAGCCCAGCUCGAAAGCUUGAUCUGCCUGGAGCCUUCCUGGUCAUCCUUGGGUGGCCUGGAGCUGGUGCUCUUACAGCACUUCUGCUCUGCCUGACAUGUGAAUGGGUCUCUCUAUAGUUUAUGCUUCUUCACACCUCUGGGGCAUAGUACACUAUUCAGGUUUGUCCAACGAGUGCAUGGGAGAAGGAAUGAAUGAACAAAAGAGUCUUUGCUCUAGAUGACUUAAGAUCCCCUUCUGCAUUAGGAGCCUCCAUUUUUCUCCAGAUGGUUGAAAUAACCAGCCUCUGAAGGAGCCAGUGGUUUGGUCACUGCUCUCUCAGCAAAUUACAGUCAUUGUCACUUAGCAUGGAGAGUGGACAUUGCACAUCACCGUGAACUCUUGCAGAGGAGAGGAAGGCAGCUUUCUCAGAAGAAAAAAAGGUUAAAAUGACUCAUUAUGAAGCAAUUUCUGCCCUCUGUGAGAAAACAUGUAUUUAGAUCCGAUAAACUCUAAAUAGUCAAAAUACAAAAAAGAAAAAUGAAAGGCCUCUGAAACAGAAACAAUCUCUCUAAGAGGCAAAUGACUCAGAACUGCUCAAUUGCUCUUUCAGAAUAUCUAAGUAAAUUUCCCUGACAACAGGAACUGAAGAGAUUGCCUGGUUCAUCUUGUAGUCUUCCAAAAAAAAAAAAAACAGAUAAUUUCUGAAUCUCGGAUGUUGAA